CCAGGUUUUACUUCUGGUUGCCUGCGAAGGCUUUUCGCUCCUCCCUUUUGAAAUCCUAUAUUAGCUGUGGCCAAAGCGGGGUAAGGAAUACAGCUCAUUGUUGGCAAGGGCUGAUGAGAAACUCGCCGAGCAGGGGAAGCCGCGGCUUCGAGUCUGUAUGCCCAGCAGCCAGAAGAAUUAAUCGCCACCCUCCGCCGGGACAAGCACAGAGAGGAACCGGACCGUCGCCUGCUCUAUGCUGGGCGAUUUUUGCUGAUUGGGUCUAGCAGCGCGUUGGGAGCGAAGGAAGAAAGCGAGCAAGAGCGUGAGGCUUGAAAUGGCAGAGCACAUGAUGGCCAUGAACCAUGGGCGCUUCCCGGAUGGAACCACUGGGCUUCACCACCAUCCGGCGCAUCGCAUGGGAAUGGGACCCUUUCCAACCCAUCACCACCAGCAGCAGCAGCCUCACACCUUCAGUGCCUUGAUGAGCGACCAUCUCCAUUACGGAGGAGGAAAUAUGAACACAAACAGUGGGAUCAGGCAUGCCAUGGGGCCAGGGAACGUGAAUGGGGGACACCCUGCUGGCAGCAUGCCGCCGACAGCGAGGUUUAAUAAUUCCCAGUUUAUGGCACCGACGGUGGCCCCUCAAGGCGGGCCCUUAACAGCCAGCAUGCAGUUGCAGAAGCUGAACAACCAGUACUUCAGUCACCAUCCUUACCCUCACAACCACUACAUGCCGGAUUUACUUCCUGCCAACCAUCAGCUCAAUGGAGCAACCCAGCAUUUUCGGGACUGCAACCCCAAGCACAGCAGCAGUGGGGCUGGCGGGGGCAAUGGCAGUGUCCCUGCUUCUGUGCCCCACGUCCCUGCAGCAAUGCUGCCUCCCAAUGUCAUUGACACAGACUUCAUUGACGAGGAGGUCCUGAUGUCCUUAGUUGUAGAAAUGGGCUUGGAUCGCAUCAAGGAGCUUCCCGAGCUUUGGCUGGGACAGAAUGAGUUUGAUUUCAUGACAGACUUCGUUUGCAAACAGCAGUCUAGCAGAGUGAGCUGCUGACUUUUGUGCAAAACAAAGGACCUUUUUUCCAUAUGUAUGAAUGAAAACAUUCCCUCUAGAGACAGUAUUUCAAAGGCUUGUAGGAACCUGGGAAGCAGAGUAAAAUAUAAGCUUGUAUAAUUUUUCUUAUUUUCUGUUUGCUACCACCACUUUUUUUUAUUUUUAAGCUUGGCCACCCAUUUUUGUCCCCCCUAACCUAUAAUAAUUUUUAACUGUACCCAUCUUUCAUAUCCCUCAGUGUCUCUAUUCUCUGCUUAAUUUCUUCCCUGCUAACCUGGCAGUUCUGUCAGUGACUACAUGCAAACAUUGGCAAAAUAAUCUUGUGGAUAUUCUGCAAGUUACGUUUCAAAUGAGUAGAACUGCAUUCAGAUUCUGAGUUUAAAAAAAAGAUUUUUAAAAAUGUUUUAGUUGAUUGCACGAACUUCAGGAUAGAUUCCUGCGCAAAUACUGCCCUCUUCCUUUGUUUUGAACUAUGCAUUGGAGUGAUGCUAAUUUUUAGUCUGCUAAAGUGGAAGCUUAGCAAAUGUGGGCCAAACCUUCCCUCUUCAGGAAAAAUAAUACUGUUACUUAAACUCUGCUGACUGUUCUUCUCCCCCAUUUGUACAGACAAAAAGAUAGUGUGAAUGGAAUGGCGGUGGGAGGGGACUUUGCUGGCUUUUAUUUUCAACAUCUUUUUACUUUGGUAAUGUGCUUACAUGGUUUAUUCAAUACAUAGGGGGAAAGAACUACUGUGUUGAAAGCUUUUGGGGAAAUUUGACAGUAUUUUUGUACAUUUUUUUUCUGAGAACCUACUUAUUAAUUUAUUUUAAGUUGCCAGUGUCCAUAAAAAAGUUAAAGGCUUUAACUUUUUCCUAGGUAUAGUUCCCAAUUCUUUUUCCUAAACUUCUUUUUCUUGCCUACCCCUUCAAUUUCCCCCUCCGAAUAUUUAGUACAUAUGACCCUUUUUAACUUGAGCUGUUGGGUUGUGUGAACAUUCUGAAGGAGUAUUUACUUGACACCAUUGUGUGCUAUAUGUCAUGAUCAGUGCAGAAGGUAAAAGGAUUUAAAACUAAUUAUGACAUCACAGUCUCAUAAGUAACAUUGUAACAUGCCUGUGUGAUUUUAUCAAAAGUGGAAUUUGCCAAGAGGCAACAACUUGUGAUUUUGCCAACUUACUCGCUAUAAAUGUAGUUGUCCAGAAUUAUGAUGCAUAAAGUAUUUAUUCUAUUUAUCUAUUAAACUUUAAUUUUAUAAAUACUCUCACAA